GUCAAAAUCCUCGUUAAGUUUUACCAUAGACUGGAAAAAAGCGUCGAAGCAUAUUAGACCCGAUGAGCAAAGCUAAUGCCCGACGUUUCAAGAGAAGGGUAAUGAAGAAACGAGUUUAUAAAGUGAGGAAGCCCAAGGACGAAGAACAGCCAUCUGAAGACGUAAAGGAGAAACUGAUAAUCGAGAAGAAGAAGAGGAAGAAGAAAAAGAUAAAGAAAAUCCUCCUCGAAGAGAAGGAAGAAGAGUCAUCGAGGAUAAUGAUCACAGUUACCAGGUAUGGAAGAAUAAGCAGGCCUCCGCUGAGAUACGUGGCGAUAUAGUCUCCAUCUUCU